GUCAUUUGGGCCUUUCCUUCCAAGAAACAUCAUGACGGAAGCAAGGAUAGCCUUCUAUGGAAGCGAUGCGGACGACGACAACAGCCCACGUGGCCAUGAUGAAUCUCCACUGGCCUAUGAGACCCUCUCUUCGGUCGAACCGAACAAUCGGCCGCCAUCGUCCCACCACAUGGAGGACCUUGGCGACGACGACGUGGACGAACUCAUCAAGCAGAAGCGCAACGAACUGUACCAGAUCAAAGCGCGCAAGCUAAAAUCCCGCGACAAUCUCAGCGGAAACGGAUUGAACUUGGACGAUUUCGACUUGCUGCCCAUGGACGUGUCUCCGAUGAAAGGCGCGCAGUCGACGUCGUCGUCGGCGUACUCGACCCCGACCAAGACGUCGCUGACUGAAAUCGCCCACCGCGUGGCGUCAAACGAAAAGCAACUGCGAUCUGACCGCAUGCGACUGACAGAACUCGUGUCGAACGAUUCGCAGUACCACCAAUCUCGAGCCGAAUCUGCCUCCACCCCUCGCAGCCAUCGGAGCAGUCCGCGGACCACGCCUAGUCCCAGCCGCCAGAAGCAGCUGCUGAGUCAAAAGGCGAUCCACAAGUGGCACCCCGACUCGAAGCGUACGCAGGUCCUGAACCAAGACACGCCGCUGGACAUUGGCCUGAGCUCGUCCGAGUACGACGGGCACAUCGGGUUUGCGCCGGCCGAGGAAGAGUUCGCCAUCACCAGCUCGGCGACGCGACGGCUGAAGGCGCUGGCGAUGGAAUUGGACUCAGAGACCCACGAAGACGAGGCCGAGGCGGUCGUGCAGCAGGUUCUGGACUUUGGCAAGUACUUGGGCGGCGAAGAGGCGGUCAAGGGUUUCUUCCCAGCUGACGACGACGACGGCAGCGCAUUUCACGACCUGCAGCGCAAGAUGGACGACAUGAACCAGCACUUGGAGCGACUCCAAGAGGAGAAGCGCCUGCUGGAGCGGCAGCAGCAAGAAUCUGAACGAAACGCCACCGACAUGUCGUCAUCUCUGCGCAUGCUCAGUGCCCAAGUAUCUCAGUUUGUGAAUGGCGGCAAAGGCAGCGGCAACGGCGCCAUGGACCCGCGGGACUUGCAUUCGUCCAGCAUCCACUACAAGGAAGACUUGAUGGACGAACUCAAGAUGCAGCGCAAGCUCAUGGGCGACCUCGAAGUCGAAAUCAGUCGGUGGCGACACGACGCCGACAUGCUCGAGCAGUCGCGCGUACUUGAGCACCAACAGCACAAGACCCAAGCCCUCCAGAUCGCGUCGACCCAUCGGGUGCUGGACGAAAAGGUGGAUAUGCAACGCGACGCUGUCAAGGCACUACAAGACCAAGCGCGCGAGUGGCAGCACAAGCUCGACAGCAUGUGGGACCGCAUCCUCGUCGUGGAAGCGCAUGUGUUGGACGUCGACAAGCUCGUGGCCGCUGCCGCGGCGCCGCCCCGUCGAAGCUGGCUACUGCUUGUCCUUGUCUUCAUGGUGUUGUUGUUGAUGUAUGUCGUUGUGCAAGACGCGGCUGUGGGGGACAAAGUGGUGAUCCAUCUGUGUGCGUUGAUGGGGUACGACUGCCUCACGCCACUCACGUAGAACGCGAUAACGUCAUUUUUCGAAUGAAACGUCAAAGUGUCCCCCAAGUUGUAUGACAUAAUAUUUGAUGAAAACUAGUAUUGUUGUGAGA